UCGGCAGUGACGAUGGCAGUCACCCCUCGGCGUGUCCGCCUGAAGCCCUGGCUGGUCGCGCAGGUGGAAAGCGGGCGCUACCCGGGAUUGACGUGGCUUGACCGUGAGAACAUGCGCUUCAGGAUCCCAUGGAAACACGCCACACGGCACACACCCCAGCACGAGGAUGAGGACACCAUCUUUAAGGCAUGGGCUGUGGAGACCGGAAAGUUCCAGGAGGGAGUUGACGAACCUGAUCCUGCAAAGUGGAAAGCUCAGCUUCGAUGUGCCCUGAACAAAAGCAGAGAAUUCAACCUCGUCUAUGACGGCACCAAAGAGAUCCCCAUGAAUCCUUGGAAGAUAUAUGAUGUCUGUGACAUCCCUCAGCCCCUCAGCAACCACGGCACCCCCUCUCCUCUCAUUAUGUGGUCUCCGAUGGGUUCUGAGUCAUCCAUGCAGCCUCCCAGCUGUCCCCCAUCAAACGAGGUCUGGUCCAAAGAGGAGCCUGUUAAACCCUGGCCUAAAGAGGAGCCCGUGGAUGUGGAGAUGCAGCAAACGACACACGACAUGUCCCCAGUUACUCUGCCCGAUCCGUCUUUGCAGCCCCCUCCCCUGCCCGACGGCUUGUUUGCCUCUCCCAAAAUGUGGAUCAGUUCCCUUCCAAUGACAGACCUAGAGGUGCAGUUUCUUUACAGAGGGAAGGAGAUGUGUCCUCCAGCGACAGUCAGCAACCCGCUAGGCUGCAGGCUGUUCUACGGAGACCUCGGGCCCAUGGUCAAUCAGGAAGAGCUGUUCGGCCCAGUGAACCUGGAACAGCUACGCUUUCCGACCACGGAGCACAUCACCAAUGACAAGCAGAGGGUCUUCACUAACUGCCUUCUGGACGUGAUGGACAGAGGUCUGAUCCUGGAGGUCAGCGGCCACGAUAUCUACGCAGUCCGUCUCUGUCAGUGCAAGGUGUACUGGUCUGGCCCCUGCGCUCCAAAUCCAGCUGCUCCGAAUCUCAUAGAGCGGCAGAGGAAGGUCAAACUGUUCUGUCUUGAGUCUUUUCUCGCUGGUGUGAUAGCUCAACAGCGUGGUCAGGCACCAAUCACUCCUGACUAUGAGAUCAAUCUGUGUUUCGGGGAGGAGUGGCCAGAUGGAAGACCCAAGGAGAGGAAACUUAUCAUGGUCCAGGUCAUUCCAGUGGUGGCCAGAAUGAUAAGUGAGCUGUUUUCUAGUGACGACAACACGCGAUCACUUGACAGCGGCAGCAUCCGCCUCCAGAUUUCGAUGGAAAACAUCAAGGAUAGCAUUGUGACCCAGCUAAAGCAGCUUUACUGCCUGCUACAGACCCACCAGGGUCUGUAGCAGGCAGUAAAGUAAUGGGUUUGUUCUGAAAUGGAUGCUGCUGCUGCACUUUGGGUCUGAAUUGUUUUAUGGCUUGUUGAACGUAACUGU